AUGGACGCAAUGCACGACGAUUCGGUCCCAGACCACCUGCUCUCCCCGAACCGCCAACUUGCCAUAUCACGCUCGUCUCCAGCAGUUCCUGUAUCCGCCAGCGAUCACGGCCCUGGCCAUGCCAUUCACACGCAGCUCGACUCCACGUACACGACGGCCGCUGAUGCCCGACCACGUUUCCAAGCAGAUGAUGGAGCCCGUGCCGAGCAGCAGUGGUUCCCCGAGGCCUCCUUUCCAUCCUCUUGCCUGACGCUAUUUCGACCGCCGUAUCAUCCCCCAGGCGCCAUCUCUGAACUUCCCAACGAGAUUAUGCUGCACAUCCUCGGCUAUCUGGAUGUCAAUGACCUGUUGUCCACUUCGAGGACCAACCAUCGCCUGCGUCACCUGUCCCUCUCGCCAAUUCUUCAUCAUUAUCGGCUCCGUCACACGCGCGCCAUUCUGCCGCCACUGCUAUCUUCCCCUUCACGCCCUUCGCUGGCGGAGCUCAUCGCCCGCUCCAUCUUUUUGACUCACACGUCGGUCGUCUCGCGCCGGCUGGCCCGUUCGUUGGUCUCCAUCCGCCUGUCCCGGCGCCUUGCUACUCGGCCGUCGGCCGAGGCCCUCGUCGAGCGGGCUGUCCUCCCACCCGAAUGCGUCCCCGGCAUGAGCAUGGUGCAAGUCGCACCCGCCCUAGUCGCCAAGCGGCGGGCCAUCGAGAAAGAGAAGGUCAAGGACGGGUUGAGGAAGUGGGUGGAGGGCGUGUGGAAGGGCGAGGUACGCCAGCGAGAGGAGGGCAUCAAGAAGUGGGAGGAGACCAAGGGUGUUGGAAGGGUUUGGCGGCUCAGGCGUUUCUGGGAGCGAGUGUCGAGAGGAGACGGCGCCGGCCUCCGGUAG